AUGGAACAGCUUACACUUGAUCACUUGGAUCACAUGGAUCAUACAAUACCUCAUAAGAAUAUAGUAUUUGCAUUAGCUCAAGGAAUAUGGGAAUUACCAAUUUUUUUUUAUAAAUCAUUAACAAAUAAAUUUUAUUCAAAUCAUUCACUUGGUGCAAAAUUUGAAAUUUCAUUAUUAAAAUCAUUUAUUAAAAAUUUACAUUAUAAACAAUUACAAAUUUUUUCACCAAAUAAAUCAAUUAAAUAUCAAUUAUUACAACAAUCAAAUAACCCUAAAUUUGAAAAAUUUAAUAAUUUUGCUGUGGAAUAUUUACCUGGUACGAUAUGGCUUAGGGAAAUUCCUGAUAGAACUCCUCAAGAUCCAGUUAUUUUGUUUUAUCAUGGUGGUGCUUAUUUAUUUCAAUUUAGAUCAGAUACUCAUUUAAAAUAUUUAACUAAAUUGGUUGAAAAGUUACCAUCCAAUUAUUCAAUUUUAUUAAUUGAUUAUCCCCUUCAACCUCAUCCAACUCCAUUAGAUUAUAAUCUUCAAUUAUGGGAUGAAUUAUUCAAUAAUUUAAAUUUAGAAAAUAUAAUAACAAUGGGUGAUUCAGCAGGUUGUAAUUUAAUCCUAGAAACAAUUGCAAAUUUGCAACAAGAUGAAGAAUUAGGUUUUAAGUUCCCCAAGAUUUGUUUUAAACAUGUUUUAAUAUCUCCAUGGAUUGAUUUAUCAUUAAAUUUACCAGAUCCAAGAAUAACAAAUUUAAAUAAUGAUAUCUUGGAUCCAAUUUGGUCUAGGAGAUGGGGUGAAAUUUAUCAUAAUAAUUCAUCAAGUUUAAUAAAUUUAGAAGAAUUUAAAUUUAAUAAAGAUUUAAUUCAAAAUUCAAUUAUAAUUGUUGGAGAAUUAGAAAUUUUAUAUGAAGGUGUUGUAAAAUUUUCUGAAAAAAAUGGAAUUAAUUAUAUUGUGGAAAAACAAGGUAUUCAUGAUCAAAUUACAAUGGAAAAUUUACUUGGUUAUAAAAUUAAUGGUAAAAUUUUUAAUCAAAUUAUAGAUUUCAUUGUGGAGAAAUAA